CCGCAAUCUGCUGUUUUCACUCUUCGAUUGGGAAAAAAAAGUUUCAUUUUGCCGCAGUGAAGACAAUUUGUGCAGAAUUUCAAAAAUGAAGACUUUGGUUCUUUGGAUUUUCGUGAGCUGCACCUGUUUCAAUUCUGCCCAAUCUUACAGUCUGAAUGAAGAAGGUCGCGAGUUAAUCAACACAACCGAGUGCUGGAGUUUAGAAAAAAAGAAGACCAUUCAUGAAGCGCCAGUUUUCAGCCUCGCAGAAGACAAUUUGAGUUUCGAGGGGUGCGGCCGGUGGAACAAAACCAGAAACGACGAACCUCCUCCGUGGUACGUUUUCAUCGACUGGCUCGGUGACAACGGUUACGGUGUUCUCGUUUCCGACAGAACAAUCGUCGCUUAUGGAGCGAAUUUUGAUGACGCGUUCGCCAAAGGAUACGAAAUGAAGAUUUACGCAAUGGAAUGUUCCGACCAAGCAAAUUGCUUCCACGGACGCGGUUUUCUCGGGAAAAAGGUGGUGGGCGUGAAGAGUGUGGACGUCAAGUACGGCAGAUUCUAUUCCAGGCCAAUCUCGGUGUUGCAAAUCGAAAAAGUGGAAUUCUCCGCCAAACUGCAGCCCGCCUGUCUCUGGAACCGAGAAAACCGAAACGAUGCAAACGAAGCAUUUCAUUAUUUUUACAUCGUCAGUAAAAGUUUUUAUUUUUCGUAUGAAAUGAAAAGGACAAAUUUUCUGCCGGAGGAAAGAUGUUUCAGUCGCCCAAAGAUUGUGAAAUGGCAAUGCGAUCUCUACGGCGAAUCGAUCUGCACGUCCGCUGAAAGACACACGGCCACGGACUAUUUGUACGUCGAGCGAGAAAACCGGUUUUAUCUUCGCGCACUCUUCACUAGGUUGUACGCGAAAAAUUUCACCGCGUGGCUCGAUUUGCUGCCCUUUGCACGUCAAAUCGCCUCCGCGUCUGUCGAUUUGGGAAUCCGCAAUUCCUCCAAUAUCAGAGAUUAAUUAAGAAAAACAUUUCUUCGUUAACAAAAACCAUGCAUAAUAGAAACUAGCGUGGCGCUGAUGGACGUUUCAGGACUUCCUCCACAUUUAAUUAAUUGAUAUGUUGACGAGUCAGCCAAGAAUGAAGAUGCAAAAAAAUUUGGUCUCACUUUUCAAUUCAAGAUCAGAAAUUAAAUAUUAAAAUAUGUUGAAAAAAAAAACAAAAAUAAUAAUAAUAAUAAACGGGGCUUUCUCUUUGUCACUUUGUU